GGACAGUUCAGAGUUUGCAGUACACUGGGGCAGACUGGAAGCUUCCACAAGAGAUGAGAAGCGAUCUGGAGAGCAGGACUCCAAGGACUAGAAGCAGCAGCUUUCAUGGCUCCCUAUGAAAUCCGGAGAUACCAGGACCAAGACUGGUGCUCGGUGAGGGCCAUUUUUGCAGAGGGGAUGCUGCAGCAAGUGGUUCCCAACUUCUGGAAUUUGCUGAAGCAGCCAAUAAGCUUCCUGCUCCUGUUGGGGGGCCCGGGGGCCCUGCUCCUUGGCUCUGGCUCCCUCCUCCUGUCUCUCCUGGCCAUCCCAGGCCUCUUGGCUGUGCUGUGGCUGGUUGCUAGGUAUCCCUUCUCCUAUUAUGUACAUGACACUUUGCGCACUGACAUGUGGGACAUCAGGGCAUCCUACCUCAAUGACAGGGGGUCCUGUUUUUGGGUGGCAGAGGCAAGGGGUCAGGUGGUGGGCUUGGUGUGUGCCUGCCCAGCCCAAAAGGCUUCAGGGGUACAGAAACAUCUGGAACUGUUACACUUAUCUGUGAGACAGGACCACCGGGGCCAGGGUAUUGCCAAGACCUUGACUCAGUCUGUGAUCCAUUUUGCCCAGGACCAGGGGUACAAUGGCAUUGUCCUGGUCACUUCUAGCCUGAAUUUCCCAGCAAGAAGAUUGUAUGAGAGUCUUGGCUUCUGGAAAUCCCAUGAAACACUGAAAUCUGUCAAAUGGUCCAUCAUAACCAUUUCUUUAACUCAUUACAAAUACGCCUUGCCCCUCUCUUCCUGAAAGCCCCCGGCCCCCGCCGACUUUGUGGCUGUUGAUUGGUAGUUUCCAGAGUUACUGGCAAUAAAGGUUUUGACUCAUCCUUA